AUGAGAAGAAGAAAGCCGUGGACCGUGAAGAAACGCCGCCCUCGUCCACGAAAGACUGCUUCAGAUUCUGCAGCUUCACCCAAAAGGAUCAGGAAGCCCCCGGCUCCCAAAGAUCAGAAAACUCCGUUGAUCACAGAGUUUUUCAAAGUAAGACGGAGUGGUCGUAAGACAAAAAAGCAACUCAAGAGGGAGACGGAGUUGGAGAUUCACCAGAAGGUACUCAAUAAGACCAACGAGCCUCUUCUUGAAAUCUUCACAGAGAAGGUGAAGGGACGUGGAAUCAAAACAACGGUCCCAUUCGAGAAAGGAGACUUUGUCGUCGAGUAUAAAGGAGACUUGGUGGAGCACAACAAAGCCAAAGAGAUGGAAGAGCAAUACUCGAAAAAUGAAGAUAUUGGCUCCUACAUGUUCUUCUUCGAGUAUUUGGCAAAGAAGUGGUGUGUCGACGCCACAGCCGAGACACCAUACAAGGGACGGCUUGUCAACCAUUCGAAGUUGAGGCCGAACCUCAAGGCGCGGGCGAUCAGCAUUGAUGGAGCAGUGCACCUGAUCCUCGUGGCCAAGUCGAAAAUUGAAGUGGGCGAGGAGCUUCUCUACGACUACGGGGACAGGAGCAGUGAAGUCACCUCUGUCAACACCUGGCUCCUAACUUCAUAA